AGAGACGAUAUAUGAUAAAAUUAUUUUUAUACAACAAGUACUAGGUGUUCUGUUUGAGUUCAAUGUACCUACUCCUAACUAUCUAUAAAUACUAGUACAGAGCAGAAGCCAUUUUCCUAGGCAAUUCCUCAGAUAUUUCAACAAUUACAGAUCUCUUUCCUCUCUCGCCAUUCUCCCCUGCCGAAUUAUAGUAAUUGCGAAGCAAGUUUUCCAUCAAAUCUACAAAAAUGAAGCAAAAGGUGGUUAUCAGAUUAUCUUGGCAGGGAAAUGAUCAGGAAAGUCGGUCAAAGGCCGUCGAGACUGCUGUUUCUCGGCCAGGGGUGGAAUCAGCAACUCUUCAAGGGGACGGAAGAAAUCAAUUAGAAGUUGUGGGUGAGCAGAUUGGCGCGGUGACACUGACAAAAUUGCUCAGGGAGAAAUUAGGCCAGGCGGAAUUGGUGAGCGUUGGCCCUGCUACUGCUGCUGGCAAUAAAGAUAGUGCUAUUGCUAUUGCUGCUGCUGCUGCUACUGCUGCUGGUGCUGCUGCUACUGCUACUGCUACUGCUACUGCUGCUGACAAUUAAGCUCUGACAUAAAAGCUUCAGUUGUGCCUGUGACAAUACAGUCACAACCAUAUUACUACCCCUAUUAUGCGGCACCUCAACAUCCAAUUUACCAAGUCAGAGAUUCAUAUCAACGAGAAGGCUGCUCAAUUAUGUAAACGUCAUAUAUAUAUAUAUAUAUAUAGUGCAUUAUGAUUCUACUUGAAAUAACGUGCAUCUUGAACCACAUACUCUGCAGAUGGUCAAACGGCACAACAGAGUAGCAAUGAAGUCCUGACCUUUCUUUAUGGAGAGAUUACCAUUUUUAGUUUUUCAUUCUUCGGUUUUAUAGUUAUAUCUUUAUUUUGGGUGAGAAACUCAGAAAUGCGUGACGAGAAAUAAAAGAGAUUGAUUUUAUUUGAUAAGAAA